GAUUGAGCUCGCAGUGACCGUCCCACCAGCUCCUCCCUUCCCCCCCGCCUUGCUUGCAUCCUCCCUUGCGGCAGUAGAUCUGAUCAGAUCACCUGACAGCAUGAUGAAGGUGGUGCUUGCCCUGGCCCUGGCAGUGAGUGCCACUGCGCAGCAGGUGGACACUCUCGAGGACCUGCUGUCCGCCGCCGAGGCCUUCCAGGCCCUCAGCGCCCUCCCCACCCUCUCCCAGCGACCUGUCUCCCCCUACCGCCGCGCAUCAUCCCCGCAGAUGCUCGGCAACUUCCUCCAGAACCUCACACCCAAGCAGACCAGCCAGUCGCCCCCAGCCGGUGGCCAGGCGGCUGCUGCAUCUCCCGUCAAGAGGGCACCCGCUUCACCAGCAGUGAGGAAGGCCGUCUCGUCGGCACCCCCCGGCAGCGGCGGCAAGUACAGCCAGAAGUAUGAGAUGCAGCGCAAGGGCAUGUACGUGCCGCGGGGUCUGACGGCCGACCAGUACCAGCAGGCGUUGCGCGCCGACGAGGAGAAGAGGGCGGGUCAGAAGAAGUUCUGGGAGGGCCGACGGGGCAAGUUCGAGACGCUCGCCGACUGGCAGAAGGAGAAGGAGGAGAAAUUCCCCAACCAACCCAAGUAAGUCAAGUCGGGGUGGGGUGGCCACGCAUACACAAACACACACAACAAACACACAUAACAUACACCGCUGGAGCUGGGCUGUAUGUGUGUGUGCAGGGCCGGUUACUCGUUCGUCAAGCUCACCUACGGCAAGAAGUGAGUGAUCUGGACAGCCGGCGGAACGGAGUGGAGUCAGGCUGGCAGAUGGACAGACAGACAGACAGACAGACAGACAGACAAGCGUGUCUGCAUGCGUGUGGGUGUGUGAGUGACUGCGGG